UGUUGUUUGUGUUAUUAACAGUGCAAUUUUAACUUCUGUAUGAGUGAACGAGUUAAUAAAGAUUAUUGUAAAACAAAAUGGCGAUUUUUUAUCUUGCAGGUGCGAUCUUAUGCGUCGUGCUUUAUUUCGCCUUUCUCAAACGCUUUACCUACUGGGAAUCGCGCGGGGUGCUGCAGUAUGGUUAUUUAGUGAACCUUCGUGAAUUGCUGCUCGGUUUGAUAUCCUACAGGGGCAUUACCGAGAUCAUUCAGACAAUUUACGAUGCGUUUCCAGAGUCAAGGUUCUGCGGGGUUUACCAGUUUUCGAGACCAACUUUGGUCAUACGCGACCCUGAAUUGAUAAAGAAGGUCACGGUGGAAGACUUUGAAUACUUUACCGAUCACAUCAAUAUUGCGUUGGCGCAGGACUCCGAGCCGAUUUGGCAAAAGAAUCUGAUUGCGCUAAAAGGUGAAAAAUGGAAGGAUAUGCGAGCCACUCUCACCCCUUCUUUUACAAGUAGCAAAAUGAAGACGAUGUUUGAUCUAAUAUCCAACUACGCCAAGGCGUUCGUGGGGUACUUCGAGGAACAUCCAGAUGAAGUCCACUCGAUGCAGAUGAAGGACGUUUUCGGUCGAUUCACGAACGACAUCAUCGCGACCUGCGCCUUUGGUAUCAAUUGCGAUUCCAUGCGAAAUCCGCAGAACGAAUUUUACUUGAUGGGCAAAGAUAUAACAUCGUUCACGGGAUUUUGGGCCAACUUACGGAAGGUGUUCACGUUACUGUUUCCUCGCCUUGCAAAGAGGUUACAAAUAACGUUCUUCUCAAAGCGGGCGGCGCACUUCUUCACGACGCUCAUUCCGGAAAUCAUCGCGAGUCGAGAGCAGAAUGGCAUUACACGCCCUGACAUGAUUCACCUACUGAUGGAAGCACGAAAAGGCAGACUUAACUUUGAUAAAACCAUCGAGGAGACCGAAUUCAGGGUGAUCGAAAGAGUUGCGGAUCGAAAAGAAGAAGAACGGAAGAAGGAACAACUGACCGACAUGGACAUAACGGCUCAAGCGCUAGUCUUCUUCCUCGCCGGUUUCGACAGCGUUUCUUCUUUGAUGUGCUUCAUGGCUCACGAACUUGCCAUUAACGCUGACAUACAAGAACGCCUUCAACUUGAGGUCGACGACACCGUGCGACAAUGCAGGGGGAAUAUAACCUACGAGGCGUUGUCAAAAAUGGAAUACAUGGACAUGGUGGUUUCAGAAACCAUGAGAAAGUGGCCAGUUGGCGUGUUCUCCGGCCGCGUCUGCACCAAACCGUACACGAUCAAACCCGAAAAGGAGGGCGAAAAGGCCGUAAAGUUAAACGUGAACGAUUCCCUUUGGAUUCCGAUCUUCGCGAUCCAUCGGGAUGAGAACAAUUACGAAAACCCCACCCGAUUCGAUCCCGAACGGUUCAAUAGGGAGAAUAGGGCGAGCGUACUUCCCUACCAGUUCAUACCGUUCGGCGUCGGGCCGAGGUCGUGCAUCGGAAAUCGUUUCGCACUCAUGGAAACGAAACUGGUGUUCUUCUACCUUCUGAGCAAAUUUAAUCUGGUGGUCACCGAAAAGACCGACGUACCGCUGCAGCUCGGCAAACAUGCAUUUCAGCUGAAAGCCAAAAACGGAUUUUGGUUAGCUUUGAAAGCGAGAACACGCUGACCUCUUGUGCAAUGGAUCGUUAACUUUACUAUAAAUUACAGCAUUAACAUUUUUUUAUCUCUAUUUUUAGUGUUACAUUUACGUUGACCUCUAUUUUUAGUGUUUAUACUUAAAUAAAUGGGUUUCAAAAACACGA